AUUUUAACAAUAGUUAUUAUCGGUUAUAAAGAGCAAACAUUCUAAAAAUAAACAGUGAUUAAUAUUAGUAAAUGACGUAUUAGAGUUUCGUUUAUCUGGUAAUAAUCGUCUAAUUCUUCAAGUGACGUGUAUAAAUUAUUUUCCUCAUACGAAAGACAAUAGUGUGAUUAGUUUACAGUAAAGAAAGUGAAGGAACAGCUAGUUGAAAUAUUUUUUGUAAAAAUGAGUGUGAAACAUCUAAAAUCAGGUUCCAUUCCUCCAGCAGUUGUUCCAGGAAAACUGCGUCUGUAUGCAAUGAAGUUCUGUCCGUUUGCACAACGUGCUCGAUUAGUUCUUGAUACAAAAAACAUACCGUAUGAUAUGGUGUUCGUAAAUUUAAAUGAUAAACCCGAGUGGCUGACUGAAAAAAGUCCUCUAGGCAAAGUACCGUUCAUUGAAUUCGAAGACGGUCAAAUUCUCUAUGAAAGUCUUAUCGUCACCGAUUAUUUAAACGAGGCUUAUCCUGAGACAAAUUUAUAUCCAAGUGAUCCAAGAGCUAAAGCGAAGGAUAAAAUUCUAAUUGAACGUUUCAAUUCAGUAACUAUAUUAAUGUACAGACUUUUCACGUCAACGAAAAUAGAUCCUGAUAUGUUUGAAGCAAUGUUAAAAGAACUAGAAUUUUAUAACGGAGAACUAGUUAGUCGCGGCAGUUUAUUUUUCAAUGGAGAUAGACCUGGUAUGGUAGAUCUAAUGAUUUGGCCAUGGUUUGAAAGAGUUGGUAUUAUUUCGAUCAUGAAAGGCGACAAGUAUACCGUUCCACACGAACGAGUUCCUCGCAUUAUGGAAUGGAAAGAAGCUAUGAAAAAACAUCCAGGUGUUGCAGUCAGUUAUCUUGAGCCAGAUUCUCAUGCUAAGUAUAUGCAAAGUCAUCUAGAUGGCAAUCCACAGUAUGAUUUUUAGAAAUUUUUUUAAUUCUGAUAAAAAUAUUUAAUAUUAUGCUGUUUCAUCAUAAAUAAACUUUAUUAUCAUAAAAUAUAAAAUAAAAAUACAUAAUUGUAUUGAAAUCACGAUAAUAAAUGGAAUAUAUCUUUA